AUGCUCUUCGACACAGGCAAGAUUAAGAUCCGCUCAAAGCAAGGUCAGGCAUCACUAUCAUGGGCCGCCAUGAAUGGCUACGAGGCAAUCGUCAAAUUACUCCUCGAGACCGGCGAGGUUGAAAUCGACUCGAAAGAUAACGAUGGCUGUACGCCACUUCUAUGGGCAGCCUUGUUUAAUAGGGAGGCAGUCGUCAAGAUGCUCCUGGACACCGGCAAGGUUGAUGUCGACUCAAAGGAUAAUCACGGCCAAACGCCAUUCUCAUAUGCAGCCAUGAGUAAGAACGAGACACUUAUCCAGAUUCUCCUGGACACCGGCAAGGUUGAUGUCGACUCAAAGGAUAACGACGGCCGAACGCCACUUUCACAUGCGGCUUGGUAUGGAAGAGAGGCAGUCAUCAAGCUGCUCCUCGACACCGACAAAGUUGACGUCGACUCGAAGGAUAAAGACGGCCGAACACCACUCUCAUGGGCCGCUAAGAAUCACGAUGAUGUAGUUGUCAAAAUGCUUCUGGACACCGGCAAGGUUGAUGUCGACUCAAAGGAUAACGACGGCCGAACGCCACUUUCACAUGCGGCUUGGUAUGGAAGAGAGGCAGUCAUCAAGUUGCUCCUCGACACCGACAAAGUUGACGUCGACUCGAAGGAUAACGACGGCCGAACGCCACUAUCAUGGGCCGCGGAGAGCGGAAACGAGGCAGUUGUCAAAAUGCUUGUCGAUACCGGCAAGGUUGAUAUCGACUCAAAGGAUAUUGAUGGCCAAACGCCACUAUCCUGGGCCGCCGAGAGUGGAAGUAAAACAACCGUCAAGGUGCUUCUUAGUAGAGGGUGCGCUCCAAUCUACUUAAGCGAUAACUCUGGCCAAACGCCCCUAUCUUGGGCCGCGAUGGAAGAGGAAGUAAAGCGGUCCUGCUACUCUUGA